AUGUCAAGGAUGAGUGGAUUAGCAGUUCAGAACAGCAUCGACGCACUCCCUCAAGAAGACGCGCUUCCUCGCGAGGAGGAGCCCGAGGAGGUCUCUCUUGAGGGUCUCUCUCUGGGGGAAAUCCCUUCUGAUUGGAACGGCCCUGAAGAAGACAUUUUCGACCAAAUCGACAAAGAAGAUGAUUCUAUCCAGGGAGACGACUCUACCCAAGAAGACGACUGUACCCAAGAAGACGACUCUACCCAAGAAGUCGAGCUCACCCUAGACGAGAUCCACCCCCACAAACAAUACAACCCGCCGUCAGACACAGACAACUGCAGGAUGAUUGCCUCGUGA